AAAUGGAAAAACAAAGUUAGGGGGUACAGGUAUGGCUGGUUUACUUGGCGAGGAGGGGGAAGGCCAGGUUGGGUUCAAACCCACAACUCGGCAGUACCAUCUAGGGAAAGCAGAUGGACUUUGUCACUCGCUCUACUAUCCCUGGGUUACGGGGUGCAAGAACAAAACUGGCCCAGUUUGGUUUCCCGAUCAUGUCAACCAAGCAUCCCCUAGUCUCCAAGUACCGGAAAAUCUCAGUGCCGCCGCCGAGUUCCCCGAAGCUGGUCAAAAUCUGCGGCAGAAUCCGCUCUACUUUCUGGUGGUGAAGUUCCAACAGAAAGUGAUUGACAUGACUACAGUAACCAUAGACGAUUUCAUGCUCGUCUCUGCUCAGCUCUGCGACACACGAGCAGUCCCAGGUGCUGCUCAACAAUUAGGAUUAUAGUGUUUGUCAAUACCUUAAAAAAAUUAAUUUUUUCUA